AUGUCAUCAGGAGGAGCCGUAACCAUCGAAGUUGCCAACAACAGUGGCCAACAACAACAAAAGAAAGUAACCAAAUACAAAGCACCCGAAUCCAUCAACAAAUCUCUCACAAAAGGACUUCAAUUCGCUCCAUUCGCUCGAAAUUUAGUCAAUGCAGAUAUUUAUAUUUUAUUUAUUAUGGGAAUUGUUGCAUGUGCGAUGGCUCAAGAUUACUCUCGAAGUAUUCCAUGGGCAUUAGCUCCUGGAAUUUAUUGUAUCUUGUUAUCGAUAUUUUUAUAUAUUUGGCAUUUCAUCAGUGAAUUUACAAAAGUCGAUAAAAGUGUGGAUGCUGUGUUGGCACCAAAAGGAUGGCCUAAAGCAGUGUGUAUGGUAUUGAGCGCUUUUAAUUAUAAUCCUGUUCAAUGUAUAUUUUGUGCUGUUGCUUCUGUGUAUUGUUUCUUUUGUGUUCAAACUGCUAUUUGUGGAUGUCCAUUGGUCAUGGCAGCAAUUCUUUACUUGGUUGCAUCCAUUAGACGUGAGGCAUCUCAGAAAAUUACUGGAAUUAUUUAA